CUGUUAACACUAUCAGCUGCUGCUACAAUCCACCAGCCACAAUGCCUUCAUACGAACUAGCACUGGUGCUUCGUCAAUUGCCCCGCCCCGAACUGAUUUCCGUGAUUAGGCGAACGGCAGAGUCCAUCCUGGACAAGGGAGGCAUCAUCCGAAAGCUGGAGAACCUGGGAUCCCGCGCCCUGCCACACAAAGUCAGCGAGCAUGGUGUGGUUCACCGCGAAGGCACCCACUUCACCAUCGCCUUCGAUACCGCGCCCACGAAGAUCGCCGACUUGAAGGAGGAGUUUGGCCGGGAUAUCGACAUCAUAAGGCGCUACAUCUUCAAGGUGGAGGAGCCCGAGCAGAAGCCAUGCACGCUGCACGAGGAGAUGCUGCCACCCGCGUAUCGCAAGGAUGUGCAGGAGAUUGUCGCGGCCGCGCAGAAGAAACAAAAGAAGAAGUUCAACUACAACUCCGGCUUGGACUACUAUCCCUUCCAGAAAUGAAAACCCCAAAUAAAACUCGCUAAUUAUGUAUUCUAAAA